ACCAGGAAAUCUCAGAUUGUUGAUAGGGCGACAGUUUAGCUGGUGACCGUCGGGGAGCGGAGAAGUUGUUUUUAGCAUUAAAAGGUUUUAGUUUUCAUUUGUGCGCCAUGGCAUCUCUAUUCAAGAAGAAGACAGUCGAUGACAUUAUAAAGGAACAGACUAAGGAGCUUCGUGGUACUCAGAGACAGAUCACUAGAGACAGAGCUGCUCUGGAGAAACAAGAGAAACAAAUGGAGAUGGAGAUAAAGAAGAUGGCUAAGUCUGGGAACCGGGAGGCCUGCAAGAUCCUGGCCAAGCAGCUGGUCCAGCUGAGGAAGCAGAAGAACAGGACCUACGCCGUCAGUUCAAAGGUCACCUCCAUGUCUACACAGACCAAGGUCAUGAACUCCCAGAUGAAGAUGGCAGGAGCCAUGUCUGCUACAGCUAAGACAAUGCAGGCGGUGAACAAGAAGAUGGAUCCUCAGAAGACCCUCCAGACCAUGCAGGACUUCCAGAAGGAGAACAUGAAGAUGGGCAUGACAGAGGACAUGAUCAACGAUACGUUAGAUGAGAUAUUUGACGAAUCAGGUGAUGAGGAAGAAUCUCAGGACAUUGUGAACCAGGUUCUGGACGAGAUUGGCAUUGAGAUCUCUGGAAAGAUGGUGAGAGCCCCAGCAGCAGGGAACAAUCUCCCCUCUGCCUCUCCUAAACGGAAAACACAGAUCUCUGACGAUGAGAUAGAGAGACAGCUCAGAGCACUGGGAGUGGACUAACACAGACACACACACACACACCUUGGGCUAGGUCUGUGUACUUGCAGGCUGGUGGUCCAUGUGUCGGAGACUGUGGCUGGUUAUGAAUAUGUAGUGACUACAUUAUGGAAUAAUAGAAUGUCUUAUUAUGACCCAAACUACAAUCUGCUGAAGGAUGAGAUAUUUAUGUACAUACAGACAUGUGACUCCGGUGACUUCAAUGUAUACAUGUUAUUUUGGAAGGACCAAUCCUGUGGGAGGAUAAAGUAAUGAUGUUUUUUGUGCUAUCACAUCUUUAGGUACGGUACUAUAGAUGCUGGUGCUGUCAUAGACUACUGACGAUGUGUCUGUAGUACUACUUACAUUAACUCUAGGAACUACUGACAAUGCUUGACUUUUUCACUAAUAAACAUUUUGCAUGAGAA